AUGGAGAAGGGAGGCAGCCAAAGUCGUGUCGUGUGUACACCUUUGACAACGUUCAUACAGACCGACACGACAACGUUUCGAGAGGUUGUACAACGUCUAACCGGGCCAUCAGAAACCCACACGCCACCAUCGAAAGCAGUUGGAUCAAAGAGGUCAACUACGACCUCCAAACUCCAUGAAAGGAGACACUUGACUAGACCAAAGUUGCAAAUUGUGAAACCAUGUCCUUCCCAUUUCAAGUCGGACGAGCAUCCUAGCUACGUUACGAGCCCGGUCAGGACGCCUUCGAAGAUCUUGUCAAAGCUGUUGAUGGGGGAGGACGAGAAGGAGUCGAAUAAGGUGGAAGAAGAGAAGGCAAUCAAAGAAAGGGGAUUCUAUUUGCAUCCAUCUCUAAGGUCAAAGCUUGGCUAUACUCAACCAGAGUUGCUUUCAUUAUUUCCUUUGGAAUCUCCCAAACCAACUCAGCGCAAUGAAACAAAAAAGAAUUAA